CUCAACAGCCUGCAGCCUCCUUCUCUCUCCAGACUCCACCGACCAUCGGACCAGUUUGGAAUAUACUCCACAUUUCAACUCUUCCGUCUGCUCUCCGCCCUCUCUGCUUCUCCUGCGUUUAGUUUUUAUCCACUUUAAAACACACUCUCACGUGUUUAGAUUUUUACUGGUUAUUCAGUCUAAUAUCUCCCAAAACUCGUAGUUGCACAUUAUUCCAAAUGCUUCUCCUGCCAGCCUCGCUCUGCAUGUGGGUAAAGCCGGUGGUCUAAGGCUGCGUCCAGGUUUUCUCCGAAGAAAGGUUCUCUAGUAAUAAUCUUUUGGAAUCGCGAUCACUAUUUUUUCCCCUCCCAUAAUGGCUGAUGCUAACGCUGAAUGCAAUAUUAAGGUGUUGUGUCGUUUUCGUCCACUAAACCAGUCCGAAAUUUUCCGUGGAGAUAAGUUCAUCCCAAUAUUUCAAGGAGAAGACACUGUCACCUUCGGGGGGAAGUCAUAUGUGUUUGACCAGGUGUUCCCCACUAACACCACCCAGGAGCAAGUCUACAAUGCCUGUGCCAAGCAGAUUGUCAAAGAUGUCUUGGGUGGAUACAAUGGGACCAUUUUUGCCUACGGGCAGACGUCAUCUGGAAAAACACACACAAUGGAGGGGAACCUUCACGAUCCCCAGGGGAUGGGGAUCAUUCCACGCAUUGCAGAGGACAUUUUUGAACACAUAUUUGCCAUGGAUGAGAACCUUGAAUUCCAUAUAAAGGUAUCCUACUUUGAGAUCUACAUGGAUAAAAUCCGGGACCUGCUUGAUGUGACAAAAACUAACCUGUCAGUGCAUGAAGAUCGGAACAGGGUCCCCUAUGUGAAGGGCUGUACUGAGCGAUUUGUCACGAGUCCUGAGGAAGUGAUGGAUGUGAUAGAUGAAGGGAAGGCAAACCGUCACGUCGCUGUCACUAACAUGAAUGAGCACAGCUCCCGCAGUCACAGUAUCUUCCUGAUAAACAUCAAACAAGAAAAUGUGGAGACAGAGCAGAAGCUGAGUGGGAAGCUCUACUUAGUCGACUUGGCUGGGAGUGAAAAGGUCAGUAAGACAGGUGCAGAGGGAGCAGUGCUGGAUGAGGCCAAGAACAUCAACAAGUCUCUCUCCGCUCUUGGGAAUGUCAUCUCAGCCUUAGCAGAAGGAACGAAAUCCCAUGUGCCAUAUCGAGACAGUAAAAUGACUCGCAUCCUGCAGGAUUCACUCGGUGGAAACUGUCGCACGACUAUGUUCAUCUGUUGCUCUCCAUCCAGCUACAACGAUGUUGAGACCAAGUCCACCUUGAUGUUUGGCCAACGAGCCAAAACCAUUAGGAACACUGUGUCAGUGAACCUGGAGCUCACAGCAGAGCAGUGGAAGAAGAAGUAUGAAAAAGAGAAAGACAAGAACAGGUCGUUGAAGGAAACCAUUCAGAGGCUUGAGGCUGAGCUGAACCGCUGGAGGAACGGGGAAGAUAUUGCAGAAUUACAGCAGAUGAGCUCAGAGGCAGAAGAUGUUCCCCUGGCUCCUCCUGAAUCUGAGGAACCGCUGGUUGAUAUUUGCAGCCCCUGUAGCCCAUGCACCCCUUGCUCCAUCGCAUCCUCUAUUGUUGUGCACAUCUCUGCAGAGGAGAGGCAGAAAUAUGAGGAGGAGAUCCGCAAGCUUUAUAAGCAGCUGGAUGAUAAGGAUGAUGAGAUCAACCAUCAGAGCCAGAUGGUGGAGAAGCUGAAGGAGCAGAUGCUUGAUCAGGAGGAGCUUCUGGCAUCAUCCAGAGGGGACAGUGAAAAGGUGCAGUCAGAGCUGGGCAGGCUGCAAACCGAGAAUGAAUCUGCUAAAGCAGAGGUAAAGGAAGUACUCCAGGCGUUGGAGGAGCUGGCUGUGAACUACGACCAGAAGAGCCUGGCGGUCGAGGAGAAGACUAUGCAGAACAAGCUGCUGGCUGAAGAACUGGCAAAGAAAAUGGCUCACCUUAUGGCGUUAGAAGCUGAGCUGUCCCGCAUCCAGGAAGUGAGUAGCCACCAGAGGAAACGCAUCGCUGAGAUUCUCAAUGGGCUCAUGAGGGACUUGAGCGAGUUCAGCACUAUCGUCGGAAACAGGGACAUCAAGCUGCCGAUGGAGAUUACUGGUGCCAUUGAGGAGGAGUUCACAGUGGCUCGUCUCUACAUCAGUAAGAUCAAAUCGGAGGUGAAGUCGAUGGUGAAGCGCUGCCGCCACCUAGACAACCUGCAGCUAGAGUGUCACCGCAAGAUGGAGGAGACUGGCAGAGAGCUGUCAUCAUGUCACCUCCUUAUUUCACAGCACGAGGCAAAGAUCCGCUCUUUAACCGAGUACAUGCACAAUAUGGAGCUGAAGAAGAGACAGCUAGAGGACAGCUAUGACUCUCUGAGCGAGGAGUUGGCCAAAGUCCAAGCUCAAGAGACUGUGUCACAGGUAGCCCUGGAUGAGGAUCAUACGUCAGUGGAGCAAUGUAACAUAAAGAGGGCUCUGGAGCAGCAGAUGGAGUCACACCGUGAGGCGCACAGUAAACAGCUUGGCCGCCUGCGAGAUGAAAUCAAUGAGAAGGAGAAGACCAUCGACGACUUAACUGACUGUAACCAGAAACAACGGCUGGAGUUGGAACAACUGCACAGUGACUUUGAAUGUCUCCGUAGCCGGGAACAUCACAAGAGUCGACAGCUGGAGGAACUGACAUUUCUACAUGAGCGACAUGAGCAGUCAAAGCAGGACCUCAAAGGGCUGGAAGAGACUGUUGCUCGUGAGCUCCACACCCUGCACAACCUACGCAAGCUGUUCGUUCAAGACCUUACGACCAGAGUUCGAAAAAGUGCAGAGCUGGAGCCUGAUGAUAGUGGGGGUUAUAUCACCCAGAAACAGAAGAUUUCCUUUCUUGAAAACAACCUGGAGCAGCUUACAAAAGUACACAAACAGCUGGUACGUGACAAUGCAGAUCUUCGCUGCGAGCUUCCAAAGCUUGAGAAACGUCUGCGGUCUACAGCUGAGCGAGUUAAGGCUCUUGAGAGUGCACUGAAGGAGGCGAAGGAAGGAGCCAUGAACGACCGGCACCGCUACCAGCAGGAGGUGGAGCGGAUCAAAGAUGUGAUGAGAGCCCGCAAUCCUUUCAGACGUCCACAUGCUGCCCAGAUAGCGAAGCCUGUGCGCCCGGGCCAUUACCCAGUGUGCUCUCCCUCCAACCCUUUCUUCAUCCGAGGCUACAGUGAACACCCGAUUGCUUUCUGCAAUGCUGUUUUCUACAACAGAAACAAACCACAGAAAGUAGCUUCUCCUGCUGCUCCCUCAUCACCAGACAGUGACCCCAGUGAACCUGAGGCCAAUUCCAACCAGAACAGCCCUGCCAAGAAGCUCAACUCCCAAGGCAAUGAUCAGCACGAUGACAGCGCUCACAACAUGCUUCCAGUUGAACCUGUGAGCAAAGCCGACAACAACACUGCAGAGAUGCUUGAUUCAGAAAAUGGAAACAACACAGAUAUCAAUGACAACAGCAUGUGUCUGAAUGUGAAUUCUGUGUCCAGAAGUGUCGUCUGUGACAAUCAGGAACAAGUCCAACUCUACGGCCGGCAGCCGGAGGCCUCAGCCAGCUAAUACCCUGGAGCAGGUGAAUUUUACUUUACAUGGGGUCUAAAUUUGGCCUCAGAGUUCUCCCUGCUGUUUCCAAAAGGAUUCACAGAAGACACCAGAAAUAAAAUGUCUCAUGACAUGCUUCCUCCUGGCAAUGUUAGCUUGUAGUUGCUGCUGUGUCUUCUUCUCUCCUGCCCUUUCUUCUCCCCCUUUUUCUCAGAUGUAUUUGACUCACUUUGUGCUUCUCUGUGUGUCUUUUUCUCUCUCUCU